AUGCGCGGCAAGCAGCAGACGGUGCACGAAGAGGAGAGCCGCGGGCAGCAGGCGCUCGAGCUGGGCCUGGGGGGCCUGCAACUGGCGCGCUCGCUGACGCAGUCGCUGGCCCACCCGAGGGGCCCGCUCGAGGGGGAGCUCGCGGCCGCGAAGACGAGGCCCCCGAGUCCCGCCGUCCUGGCGAACGACGGGGGUGGCUUCUGGCUCGCCUCGGUCGCCGCGGGGGCCGGGGCCGGAGCCGGACUGCCCCCGCGCGGGGCCCACCCCGGCAUGGACCCCAACUGCGGCCCGGUGGGCCCCGUCGGCCCCAACGAGACCGGCUUCAUCAACAGCCAGCCCUCCAUGGCCGAGUUCAUGACCGCGCUGCCCCAGCUUGCCGCCGACGGCGCCCUCCAGCACUCCCCGGCCCAGGGCGGCCCCAUCAGCCCGGGGCCCCAUCACCCGAGCUACCACCCCAUCAUGGACCCCCACGGGGUCCAGGACCCCUCCGGAGUCAAUGUGCCCGAGUACCCCUGGAUGAAGGAGAAGAAGACCACUAGGAAGAGCAACCAGCAAGAAAAUGGCCUUCCCAGGAGAUUGCGAACGGCGUACACGAACACGCAGCUUCUGGAGCUGGAGAAGGAGUUCCACUUCAACAAGUAUCUGUGUCGGCCCCGUCGAAUAGAAAUCGCCGCCUCGUUGGACCUGACCGAGCGACAGGUGAAGGUGUGGUUCCAGAACCGGCGGAUGAAGCACAAGCGUCAGACCCUGAGCAAGGAAGAUGGCGACGAGAAGGACGGGGCGCCAUCGGAUGGGGUCGAGAAGACCAAAGGGGAGAAGCUGCUGGCCAUCGAUGAGGACGAGAAGAAGAGCUGCCACAACUGUGAUAUUUCUGGGGUCGGAGACGUGGGUAGCACCCUGGGCGAGGUGACGGAGAUCGGCGCCAUGCGCAGCGGCACCAACAACAACACCCUCAGCGCGACCAACAACAACAGCGCAGGGUUCAGCAACAACAGCAACGGAGCUAGCAGCGUUGGGAGCACCAACAGCGUGUCGAGUUCCUUCGAGAAGAUGAUCGCGGACGACGACUCGCGGUCCCAGGACGGCAGCGAGGUCACGUCGCCCAGCAUGGGCACCAAGAAGCUGGCCGGCGACAUCAGGGUGAAGGUGGAAGGUGGACACAAGAGCCCGAAUCCAGGGAAGCAGCAGCUCCCGGGGAAGAAGUCUCCAUCGGCGGUCAACAAGGACAUCUGCCCGGUGACCAGCAACGGAGUCCUGCUGGCGAUGCCCGAUUCCACGGUGGGGACGCCUUCCCUGUCGGGACAAACUUCGGCGAGAAGCUUGACUCCCUCCUCGACACCCAGCACCCCGGUGUCCGUGCACCUGCAGCAGGGUAGCCCCCUGAACAUGCAACCGAGCCACGCAACGGCGUACAUGCAGAGACCUCGAAGUUCCCCCAGCUCGACCAGCUCCGGGGUGCCCUCGGUGCCCACGUCCAUGUUGCACGGGUCCGUGAACCCGGGGACCAUGUCGCCUCAUGGUGGAGGGAGAGGCAUUCCCGGCAAUCCGCAGACCCACUUCCAGCAGCAGAACGUGUACCCUCCUCCAGGGAUAGACUAUAGGAACGGAAUGGCGGUGGGACCGACGCGACAGGUCGUGCCUCCGGGGAGCCAGCAGCAGGGUCAGCCACAGAGCAACUACUGCUCCAGGGAAGCUUAUCAGCAACGAGUGGCCUAUCCGGCCGAGAUCCACCCUCUCUACACCAGACAGAACCAGGUAACUACAGCUCGCAGCCACCCCGUUCGCUCCGGGACCACUCGUCCGGUGUACAACCCACCGGUGCAGUUCCACCAGCAGCAGCAAGCUCAAUACGGCAAUACCGGAGACUACAAUGGGUACCCUCAGCCGAGCAUCGCCUAUCACGGCUCCUAUCACCAUCGGACGAUGCAAGGUGCCGGCACGGGCUACCCAACUGGCCAGGUCUACUCUUCGGGAUCCGCCGAGCCUGGAUCGGAGAACUACAUUAGCGGUAGCUACGGAUACCCGACCAGCGGGAACUAUCAUUCGGGCGAUAACAUGGCUCCUCAUGGACAUGCCGCCGUUUCCGCCCAGAGUGGACAGCACUACUACAACGAGAUGCAACAGCAGCAGCAGCAACAUCCGGAGGCCUACCACGGGCCCCAUCAGGCGUCCAUCCACGGCGGCUCUGCGGACUGCAGGAGCGGGAACAAAUGUCAUCCUGGUGCCUACUACGAGCAAACUAGUCAGCUGCAUCCGCACCAGGGUGGCGAGGCCUCCAACAUUCCCAGCAGCUACGUUUCCUCUCCGGACCCCUUCCCAGCACCUGGGAUGGCCACGACCGCCACUGCGGUCGCUGCUGCGACCGCUGCCGUUAUCACUCCAUCCGGCACCGCUGGACAGGCCGAUGCCAACAGCGAGGCCUAUGGGAACUUUGGUAACUUCUAUGGGGACCCCGUGCACACCUCGGCUCCUCCUCCGUCCGCGGACAACAGCAACAGCUCGUCCGACUUCAACUUCCUGAGCAAUCUCGCUAAUGACUUCGCACCUGAGUACUAUCAGCUCAGUUGA